CGGUCCGUUGUUCAUUUGCCAUUCGACCUCCGCCAGGGCCUGGUCGGACGGAAACGCUCCGCCGGCUUUAUUGUCGGUUCGUUAUGUGUCGGAGCCCAGCAGUUUAACGUGCCUUUCGCCCUCAGCGCCUCGGAAGCCGGCGGCGGCGUCGGGACUCCUCGGCGCGCCGGAGGAAGGAUAUCUGUUGGAGGGUCGGUGUGUGCGCGCGGCUUUAAAAGAGGGGGCAGCGGAGGGUCUCCCGCACUCCGCCUCUCAACUUCGAAGGCCCCACGCGCCCCGACUCGCCGCUCACCGCUCCGCCGCCCGCCCCCUUCUCCGCGCGGGACGCUGCCCGGAGCGCUGCGGGGCGGGGGUGGAGGACGAGGAGAGCGGCCGGAGGCGGCGGCCCGGCGGCAGCGGACGCGUGCGGCAGCCCCGGGAGCGAGCGCGAGCCGGGCGGGAGGGUGAGGCUGAGCCCCGCGAGACCGGAACGCCGGGGGCGGGGGCGGGGGCGAAACGGAGGGGGAGACGCGGGGAGCGCGCGGGACGCGGCCCGAGGCCGGGCGCGAGCCGGGGCACCGGGCGGCGGCGGCGGCGCGCGCCAUGUCGUUCAGUGAAAUGAACCGCAGGACGCUGGCGUUCCGAGGAGGCGGGUUGGUCACCGCCAGCGGCGGCGGUUCCACGAACAAUAACGCUGGCGGGGAGGCCUCGGCUUGGCCUCAGCAGCCCCAGCCAAGACAGCCCCCGCCGCCAGCGCCGCCCGCGCUUCAGCAGCCCAAUGGGCGGGGGGCCGACGAGGAAACGGAAUUGGAGGGCCUGGAGCCCCAACACUUGGAGGCCUCCACUGGGGCGGCCACCGCCGCCGAGGAAACCAAGGAGUUGCUGCUCCCCCAAGACGCGGUCGGCCCCACCUCGCUGGGCGGCGGUGGCUCGGGGGGCCCUUUGCUAGCGGAAAGGAACCGUCGGACUCUGGCCUUCCGAGGAGGUGGCGGCGGGGGUCUCGGCAACAAUAGCAGUAGCCGCGGCCGCCCGGAGACCUCGGCGUGGCCCCUGAGGCAUUUCAAUGGGCGAGGGCCGGCGGCUGUGGAUCUGGAGCUUGACGCGCUGGAGGGGAAGGAGUUGAUGCAGGACGGCGCGUCCCUGAGCGACAGCACCGAGGACGAGGAGGAGGGGGCGAGCCUGGGCGACGGCAGUGGGGCGGAAGGCGGCAGCUGCAGCAGCAGCAGGCGGUCGGGCGGCGAUGGUGGGGAUGAAGCGGAGGGCAGCGGUGUGGGAGCUGGCGAAGGAGAGACUGUCCAGCACUUCCCGCUCGCGCGGCCCAAGUCCCUAAUGCAGAAGCUACAGUGCUCUUUCCAGACCUCCUGGCUCAAGGAUUUUCCCUGGCUGCGAUAUUCAAAGGAUACUGGCCUUAUGUUUUGCGGCUGGUGCCAAAAGACCCCUGAUGAUGGGGGAAGCGUGGAUCUUCCGCAAGUGGGGCACGAUGAGCUUUCUCGAGGGACCCGUAACUACAAGAAAACCCUGCUUCUGAGGCACCACGUCUCCACCGAGCACAAACUCCACGAAGCCAACGCCCAGGAAUCAGAAAUUCCAUCAGAGGAGGGGUACUGUGACUUUAAUAGUAGGCCAAAUGAGAACUCUUAUUGUUAUCAACUUCUUCGACAACUAGAUGAACAGAGAAAGAAAGACAUUCUUUGUGAUGUCAGCAUUGUGGUGAGCGGGAAAAUCUUUAAAGCUCAUAAGAACAUCCUGGUUGCAGGCAGCCGUUUCUUUAAGACUUUAUAUUGCGUUUCAAACAAAGAAAGCCCUAACCAAAACAAUACUACCCAUUUAGAUAUUGCUGCAGUUCAAGGUUUUUCAGUCAUCUUGGACUUCUUGUAUUCUGGUAACCUGGUGCUCACAAGCCAAAAUGCCAUUGAAGUGAUGACAGUGGCCAGCUACCUUCAAAUGAGUGAAGUUGUUCAAACUUGCCGAAAUUUCAUUAAAGAUGCCUUAAAUAUAAGCAUUAAAUCAGAAGCUCCGGAGUCUGUAGUUGUGGACUACAAUAACAGAAAACCAGUUAAUAGAGAUGGUCUGUCUUCACGGGAUCAAAAAAUUGCCAGCUUUUGGGCAACACGGAAUCUUACCAAUUUGGCAAGUAAUAUAAAAAUUGAAAAUGAUGGUUGUAAUGUCGACGAGGGCCAAAUAGAAAACUACCAAAUGAAUGACAGUAAUUGGGUCCAGGAUGGUUCUCCUGAAUUGGCUGAAAAUGAAUCUCAAGGUCAAACAAAAGUAUUUAUUUGGAAUAACAUGGUCUCCCAGGGAAUUCAAGACACUGGCAAAACAAGGAGGAAAAACCAAACUACAAAGAGAUUUAUUUAUAAUAUACCACCUAAUAAUGAAACAAAUUUAGAAGAUUGCUCAGCGAUGCAGCCACCUGUUGCCUAUCCAGAAGAAAAUAAGACCCUAAUCAUUAAGGAGGAACCAGAUUUGGAUGGUGCUCUACUCUCAGGGCCUGAUGGUGAUAGGAAUAUGAAUGCAAAUUUAUUGGCUGAAGCCUGCUCUGGUCAAGAUGGAGGUGAUGCUGGUACUUCACAUGAUUUCAAGUAUGGUUUGAUGCCUGGUGCUUCAAAUGAUUUCAAGUAUGGAUUAUUGCCAGAAUCGUGGCCAAAACAAGAAACUUGGGAAAAUGGUGAAUCAUCUCUAAUCAUGAACAAAUUAAAAUGCCCUCAUUGUAGCUAUGUAGCCAAAUACAGACGAACACUAAAAAGGCACUUGCUCAUUCAUACGGGAGUGAGAUCAUUUAGCUGUGAUAUUUGUGGAAAGCUGUUUACUCGGAGAGAACAUGUAAAAAGACAUUCCCUGGUGCAUAAAAAGGAUAAAAAAUACAAAUGUAUGGUGUGUAAGAAGAUCUUCAUGUUAGCAGCCAGUGUUGGAAUAAGACAUGGAUCUCGACGCUAUGGUGUUUGUGUAGACUGUGCAGAUAAAUCACAACCAGGAGGGCAAGAAGGUAUAGAUCAGGGGCAGGAUACAGAAUUCCCUCGGGAUGAAGAGUAUGAGGAGAAUGAAGUAGGAGAAGCUGAUGAAGAGCUGGUUGAUGAUGGAGAAGAUCAGAAUGAUCCAUCUAGAUGGGAUGAAUCAGGAGAUGUCUGUAUGUCUCUGGAUAAUUAACUGACCUGCUACUAUACUCCUCAAGGAUGCUGCAUUUGGACAUAAUAUGAAUCGACAAUUUGGAUUGUUGAACUUGAAGGCUUGCAAAAUAUGGUACAUGCUGGAUGGUAGUUAUGUUGCUGUGAAAACUGUAGGGUCAAAGCCUUAUAGCAAAAAAAAAAAAAAAAUUAUAUUUGCACAGGACUAUACAGCAAACAACCAUGUGGUUGGAUUACAUGGAGUCCCCACAUAUUCAGUUAACAAAGUAAAAUAUUUUUUAUUUAUAGGAUAUACAGUAACUAUUUGGGUACUAUGAAAAUAUAGUACCUAUCCUUAAUAGAGCUUACAUUCAUGUGCCACUUUAACAUGAGUGAAGAAAAUCCAUUUAUGGAAGUACAGUGACAGUUGACCCAAUCACUUUGUCCAUCAAACCACUCAGGCUAGUUUGUACUAGUAGAGUUUUGUUUCUAUUUUUAUUUUUAUUAAUUUUAUUUUUUUUAAUACAGAUUUUCAGUGAGGGGCUUUUUCAACCCCAAUGGUUCUAUUUUCUUGUAUUUUUCCAUUUUAAUUUGCUUCAUAACUUAAACCAAGUCUCUUCUAGUCUUAGGUAUUUCUCAGUUUUGUGCUGAUGGGCAUGUUUAUAAGAACUGGAGAGGUAAUUUAUUGGAAUGAACUAACUGACUUCCCCCAACCCUUCUUUCCUUUUUUUGACAUGAAUUUUACUACUUCACAAAUGAAGAAUGAUGUUGCAGAGUUACCAUGGUGAAGUUGACAAAUACCACUAAAAUGAUUAUGAUUUAUAAGUAACUUUCUCCUGCUGCUCUAAUCUGAUAAAUGGUUACUAUAUGACGUUUUCUGACAUGGUAUUUGGUUUUGGGUAUCUGUUACUUUGGCACUAUUCUUGUUUGCCUCUUAUUAUUUUUGCCAGUGUACUAUACCUCAGCCUUAUUUGAAAGAUAGAAAUCUGAUCAAAAAAAGUCAUAGAAACAAUAAGUAAAAUGAUUUGUUUUAUAAUUUAUCCUCCAUGUCCAGUUUGGUUAGCUUGUUAUGCAAUAUAAGUGAAAUAUCAGGUUUUUACUCCUGUGCCCUCUUUAUCAUUAAAAUUAACGCAAAAUGUUCAUUCUCUUUUGUUUCAUACUUACCGGAUAUUGAGUGUUUCGAAAUUAUGGUUAAUUUAUUUUUCCAUUCUUCAAAGUCACUACACCUUGAAUAUAGUCUUACUAGUCCCCAUGAUUCAACAAUCUACGAAUGUCUUUAUUUUAUAAAUAAAGUUUUGAGAGGCUUUAUUAAGUUCUUUAGGGUACAAAGGAGGUGAUAUAUUAAGUUGUAAUUAUUAGAUUAUUUAGCCUGGUGAUGAAUGAAUUGCUAUAUGUGGAAGUCUCAGAAACAUUUCACCUAUUAUUAAUGUGGACAUUUAUCAGGAGCAUAAUAUAUAAGAUUGAGGGACAUCAUUUUCAGCUUUCUUUUAAAUAAAAAUUGAGUAUAUUUUCCUAUUUUAUAUCAGGUAACUAAAUUAUGUUAGCUGUGUGGAAAUUUUUGCAAAGAUGCUUUGACAGAUAAAUUCUUUUGGUGCUCCAUCUAAUCAAAGUUGAAAAGUUGAUUUUUUUUUUUUUAAAGAGACAAGCUUUUUCAUUGUCUCUGAUUUCAGUAGAAUAAUGGUUUAAUGUUAGUGAUGUUUCUGCUUGGGUAAAUCAGAAAUAAAAGGUUAGUUACAUGGUAACUAACUUUUUGUCAUCUUUAUUAUAGUUUCCUCAUGACUAUAAGCCUGACAGAUGAACAGUUUGGGUUUGAUUUUUUUGUUUGUUUAAAACUGAAGAGUACAUCUUAUUCUCAGUGUUCUAGACAAAUAAGUAAAAUGUAAUUCUAGUGAGGUCCAAAGUAGAAAUUAGUUGGGCAAAGAUACUAUGAAUGAAAAAGUAUUUUAAGCGUAAAAUGUUCUGCUUUGUGAAUAAUGUAAGUAUAGUAUAAAGAUUUCUUUCAUCCCAUUUAUCCCCUUCCUUUAAAAUAAACCAUAGUUUACAAUUGGUAGAUCUGUCUAUAUAUAAAUAUAUAUUAAAGAGCAAAGAUAUAUAUCUAAAAAAAAUCACCUAAGUCUGCUUUAUUAGACUAUAGUUCACUUAUUGCAUAGAAACUGGACUUGGCUUUACAUUCUUAAUGUACUUUUACUUUUCCUCAAGAUAUGAACUUAUUCUCUUGAAACUGAAUUUCCUUUUAUUACUUAAAUCAUUUAUGUAUAUCUGGUAAAUUAUGACCAAAUUUUUUGUUAGAUUGCAUACAGUAAAUUGAAAUACAUAUGUGGUACACUACGGGAUUGUUGUGCAUUUGUUUUGGUUUUAGUUGGAAACAAGGUUUGAUGUAGAUGGUUUGUUAAUGUUAAUUUAAAAUAUUCUAAUUGUCCAUUACCUUCAAUGUUGUGUUGUGACAGAUUUGGCUAUAUUUUUAGUCAUCUGAAAUAUGAUACUUUAAAAGUUUGUUUUUAGGUAAUCCAAAGGAAAAAAUGUUUAUACUCUUGAAUAUAUUAGCCUCAGCCUAUAUAAAAAUUUCUUUGAAGUAAACAUUUUACCAGAAA